AAACGUUUCUGGCUUGGCUUUUCAGAUUAAGCCAUCAGUUGGUUAAGAGCAUUUUUCUCUUGGCUCGCGGGAAGUGUUAAGUCUUUUCUCAUUCGAAGUGUUAUCAAAAGAAGUUUUCCCCAUUUCACAGUUGUGUUUCAUGCGAAUACAGCAACUGUUGAACAUGGCCGGAGCUAACAUGUUGGUCCACGUGACGCACAUUGACGAUUCCGUUCGUGGACGGCAAGGCCCGUGUGUCUACUUUUGGGGUAUGACCCACGAUCGUAGCUUGUAUUUGCUGAUGGAAAAAUAUUUGGAGAGCAUCAGGCACUAUUUGGAAACAAAACUACCACCGCUCAACCUUAAUGUACUGGAUCAAGUCUUCUGUGUACUCAUUAACCACCAGUGGCAUCGAGCAAGAGUGCUGGAAUUUAAAUUGAGCCAUGUAGGGACAAUUGAUGUUUUUUGCAUUGACUCUGGAGAUACUCACACAGUACCCUUAGCUUUUGUUCGUACUCUUGACAUCCCUGCAAAGGAGGCAGAGCACAUAAGGGAUUGGCCCCCUCUAGCCACUAAGUUUAUUCUUGCUGAUGUAGUUGCCCCUCGAGGACCUGGAUCUCGUUCCCACUGGAGUGAACCAGCUGUGAUGUUCUUGAAGAUGCAUGUGGAGAAUCGCACUUGGAAGGCUUCACCCAUGGGCAUGUACGGUGAACAUCAGGGUGUAAGGAUGUUUGAUUCAAAUAAUCAACUUCUGGCCACAACCAUGAUUCAGCAAGGACUUGGAGUGGCUGCACAGACCUAUCACGAAGCUUUAAGCGUGUGUGAGAUGAUGAACAAACAGCCUGCCUACAUCCAGCCUGCUUUUAACACCUUCUCAGGUAGAUUAAACGUACCGACCCUAAACAACACCCUGCCACCUGCAUUCGCAAUUCCAGCAACAUACCGUGACCAUCAUCCGGCGUACCCAUUGGCAGCAGCUCGCUCUCCAAAUCAGUCACCUGUUCCUCCUCGAGCGUACGUGACUAACGACAUUCCUUCCAAGGGGCGACACGACGUUAUCGUCACACACAUUCCCGAUGGGCCUCAUAAGUUCUACGUGCAACUCAAAAGUGAAGCCAGCGAUUUUCUGAGAUUACGCAAGAAACUCGAUUCGACAGCACCUCCCGCCUUGCGCGGAGUACCGAAACUUGGAACAACUUGCGUAGCAUUGUCUCCAACGGACAAACUUUGUCACCGUGGAUUGAUCACGGCAGUGGGUGAUUACGGCGAUCAGUGUACUGUCUACUUCGCUGACAUCGGGACCCAGGAGCCAGUAAACCUUGAUUCAAUUUGUGAGAUCUCCGACGAACUGUUGGUUCCGCGCUUGUUUGCCUAUCGAGUUUCUUUGUAUGGCGUUGAAGAAGUCGCCAAACUCGUUGGCUUGAACGAAAUUUUCACGUCUUUAGUCAACUCAGCCCCGUAUCUCAAAGUUGAAGUCGUGGAAGAUGACGAGGGCAAACAAAAAGUAAAUCUCUACGACAACCUUGGACGGAGUAUCCGGGAAAUGCUCUGCACGAUUCUGGCUAACUUCGGAACAUCGAGGGUUUGCUCGCCUGUUGCCCCAAUCCCUUCGCCACCCAAAUUGAAUAAAGCAGCUACAGCAUGUAUAACCGAGAUUCCCUUCGCUACUUUAGCUCCUGAAGAAAUGUUGUUUGUCAUUUUACCGGAAGAGCCCGGAUGUUUUUUUGGACAACUCGAGAAGAUGCCAGUAAAGGAUCUAAAUGAUAUGUUCGCUGAGCUAACGAUGGCUUACUCAACCGAUCCCAACCCUCCCUUGCUGUAUGCAGACGUCCAAAGCCACUUGGGGCAUUAUGCCGUGAUCCAUUGGGAUGAAGACAACAAAUUCUACCGGAUUCGUGUAAUUAAGGAGUUGGUCAACGAUGCUGAAGUUCAAUUCAUCGACUACGGAAACAGUCUGCUGAUACCGCGCUGCAAAAUUUUGGCUCCUGUAGAAGGGUUGACUUGCUUCCGAAAUCCUCCUUAUGGCAUUCAUUGCAAGAUUGAUGGUGGUGUGAUGCAGUCUAUUCCCAACUGGCGGGAACUCGUGAAUGAAAAGCAGAUUAAAGUAAAAAUUGGUAGUUUAGUAGACGGAGUCUAUUCAGUGACUUUGACUGACGAUCCUUGCAAUAACGAUAUUGUAAAAGCGAUUUCUUCAGUGAACACUCCAAAAAACUACGUUGUUAGCGUUCCAGAACAGAGCACUCGUAGUGAUAAUGCACCAGUCCAAGUUGAAAAUGUAUCGGAACCAACAGCCAGACCGAACAACGAUCGUUUCAGGAGGAACAGCGAUAACGGCAAUUCUGGUAGAAGUCACUACGUUCACCCCAACGCAAACGCAAAAGAUACAAACUGGAGAACAGCUGGGACGGAAGAUACGACGCAAACUGGGCAAGUGAGAACAUCCAGCAAGGAUUGCAAUUGGAGAUCGUCGUCUAAUCAAGUUCAAGAGGUGAUUCGCGCUCCUCGAGGACCUCCUCCCUCGACUGGAAAUGGAGAGACUAAAGGUCCCAUGGGGUUUCAGAGACUUGGACAGGUGGGCAAAUCACAACCUCCUCUGUUGAAGCCUAUAAUUGAAACUUCGCCUCCUGCCGUGAUACCCGAGAAGCCGAAGAUGUCACCAAUUUCAGCUGUUCAAAAGCAGUAUACUUAUUUGCAUCAAGCUCUGCCAGUUGCGAACAGUCAGGUGCAGAUAACUUGUGUUGUUGACCCAACCAGUUUCUAUGUUCAGCUAUCAGCUAACUCUACUAUUCUUAAUGAAUUGGUUGAGAAAUUGAAUCUAGUUUACUCUGAUGAACUUAAACCAUUCAUUCAAAACGCAAAGCCCGGCUCUGCUUGUGUGGUGCAGUAUGAAGAAGACAGCCAAUGGUAUCGUGGACAAGUUCUUCAGUUGAGCGACCCCCCUGCUACGAUCCAACUAGUUACUGUGCUAUUUGUUGAUUAUGGGAACACCCAACGUAGCCCACUCAAACAACUGAAAGCUAUCGAUGAAGAAUUCGUUCAGUUACCUCCACAAGCAUUCCACUGCAGGCUCAGUGGAGUAGGCAAUUCUAAAACUUGGACGGUCGAGGACAAUUACAAAUUGGAAGCAUGUACCACGGAAAAACCUGUCGCCGCAAUGUUCGCUGAGAGAGAUUCUAAUGGCAAGUUUCCUGUACGCCUAGUGGAUGGAAGUAAGGUCAUCAAUGAAGCUUUUGGUGCCCCGAGCUCUACGUCUGUUCCUCCGCCUAGCGCUGGAUAUCAAUAUCUACCCGUUACCCAGAUACCGAUAGAUGUCACCAUCGCAUGGUAUUACAACCCUGGUCGAAUUUUUACCAGCCCAGUGGAUUUGUCGGCCUAUCAGAACGAACUAGAUGAGCUCGAAGAGUUUUAUUCUUCGCUGGCUGCCGAUGAAUUACUGGAGGACCAGCCGGUUGUGGGAUUACCAUGUGUAGCUCGUUUCACCGAAGACGAGCGUUAUUAUCGCUCGAAAAUCCUAUCCGUUGGAGAUCAGGUCGCAAAGGUUCUUUUCGUAGACUACGGAAAUGAACAAGAAACACCAAUUUCACAGUUGAAGCGGAUGGUCCCGCGCUUCAUGCAGUGUCCUCAGUUGACUUGGCACUCGAGAUUGAAGGGAGUCAAGAAGAUGACUUCCGGACCUGUCAAUCCGGAACCCCAGAAACACAUUGCUGCCUGCUUUUCAACUGGACAAUCGCUUACAGCAUUGUUUCAUUCUACUAGUCCAGAUGGAAAUAAUGGGGUGUUUGAAGCGGGAUUCAAUGUUCCUGGUAUUGGUGAUGUUGCAAACUAUUUGAUUGAACAGAAAGUCCUGGACCGCGUCGUGUUAGAUACUCAAAUUAACUUGGCGCCACAAGAUUUGAAUUUUGUCCCAGGCCAGACGAUUUCCACCAGCGCUUUAGUUCCUUAUUACGAAUCACCUACUGAAUUCUGGAUUCAGAUUCAACCAAAGUUAGUAGACGUGAUUAUGGAACGCAUAGGGAAAUUGGCCCUCGACCCUCAAUUUAUCAACAAGAAGGACUUCAGAGCAUCGAUUGGCAAGCCUUGUUUGGCUUUCUUUGAAGAUGAUGGUUGCUGGUAUCGUGCUCUAGUUGAAGCUGUCGACGGAGAAACUGCUAAAGUUUACUAUAUCGAUUACGGUAACUGCUCCGUGGUUAAAACCAAUGAUUUACGAGAAUUGCCCGAGGAGUUUGCUCAACAACCAGCCUUUGCAUUUAAAUGCUGCGUUCAUGAAGUGAUUGUCUUCUCUGAAUGUGUUGCCAAGGCUUUCGAAGAUUGCGUUAUGGAUCUGGACUCUAUGAUUGUAAAGUGCUUCAACGUAGUAGAUGGAGUCCUUCACGUCCGACUCUAUUCUUCUGAGGCUACCGAUCUUUAUGAACAGGUUAUUCCGAAAGUAUCAGUUGAAGAAAGUGUCUUAGAUGCUAUGCAUAUUCUUCCUUCGAUCCCAGAUCCCCCCAUUCAAGACUUUCCUGAGCAAGUGGAUACCGUUUUACAAGAAGAAGUCAAAAGCCCUUAUGUGAAAGUCUACAUCAGUAACUCAUUAUCACCAAACCAAUUUUGGUUUCAAAUGAGAGAGAACGAUGACAAACUCUGCGAAAUGGCCAAUCAAAUGUCGGAGAUGUACAACGCUGAUGUCGAGUCGUUCCGAAUCGCGGAGAAUCCAGUUGUUGGUCAGCUUUAUGGAAUGAAGCACCCCUCUUAUGAUGGCUGGUAUCGUUCACAGAUCAAAGAAGUCGAUGGAGACACGGCCAUUGCUCAAUUCAUUGAUUACGGUGAUACGCACUCGAUUCAAACUGGAAAUAUCUUCAACUUACCACAACGGUUUGCAGAAAUCCCAGCAUUGGCUAUUCCGGGUACCCUGAAGACAGAAAGUUCGCAAGCAAUUGCGGAAAAAUUCAAUACCCUGUGUUACGAGCCGAACAAUAUUCAUUGGGUAGUAUUUGGAACCGACGAAAACGGUGAGCAGUGCAUCGAGUCCCUUUUCAUCAAUGACGACAACGUACUCGACCUGUUGGCGGUUGAAACCGCCCAAUCGGCCCCUACACUGUGUGAAACGAUCAACAAGGAUGCGGGUCUAUCCACAAUUUCUGAAGUUUUAUUGGAACAGUCUUCUCGUUACACGGAAGAUGAGGGAAGCAAUAUAAUUUCAUCGACCGGAGAUUCUUCCAGUGUUUUCCUCCCUUAUGAAGAGUUGUCAUCCAUUUGUCCGUCAACGCUAGGAGCAGAAGUGACCGUUGAAGAGUCGACAGCAGAGAUGACCAUCGAAGAGUCGGGAACAGAUGAGACCGUUGAAGAGUCGGGAGCAGAGGUUACCGUUGACAUGUCGGUAGCAGAAGUGACCGUUGAAGAAUAUUCGUUGCUGCCUGUGAUGGACUUAAACUACGCUCCAGGCCAAAAAAUGUCAACGUACGCAUUGGCUCUAUACAUCGAAUCUGCCACCGAAGUUUGGCUACAGCUGGACCCUGCCGCAGUCGACAGGCUGAUGGGAGAAAUCGCGGAGACGGAUGUGUCACAGUGUGAAGCUCUUGAGCCUCAGAUCGGCAGCCACUGUCUGGCUCUGUUUCCUGACGAUGGGCUAUGGUAUCGAGCUCUCGUUAACAGCAUAGACGGAGCUCAAGCUAACGUGACGUACAUUGAUUACGGAAACUAUUCCUCGGUUAAUGUUGGAGAUCUACGGGUUUUGCCAACUCGCUUUGCUCAGCAACCUGGGUUAGCUCUCAAGUGCGCUCUGGAUGGAAUCCAGCAAAAUGUGAUGUCUACUCCCACCCCCGACCAGUGUAUUUCGACCAUCUGCGAAGAAGUACUCUCCGUGGUUUUCGUUGGUAGGACGCCACAACAUCUUUAUGUCCGAUUAUUUGAACCCUCUGGAUUGGAUCUCAAUGAGAAAUUGGGGUUGCCGGAAAGUUUUAAAGUCGAGUCCGUCGCAAAUAAUCUUCUGGAAUUCAACUCUCUUGAUGACGUAGAAAUGUCUUCCCCGAUGUCCAGAACUUCUGAGCCUGCACUUUUCGAUACGUUUGAUGACGAUGUCACUUUACCAUUGGAGGUGGAGGUGGUUCGCCAAGUAAUCGAAGAACCCCUGGUUGCGAUCCCGACUGUUAUUGAACCAUCAGAAAACGAGGAAGUAGAGCUCGCCGAUCGGAUGGAACAAGUAGCCGUUCAAGAAAAUGAGUUUUACCAAUCUUUCGGCGAAUCGGUUAGUUCUUUCGUCAACGAAGCAGCACUGCCAGCAAUUAUGGAACUCAAAGAAGCAGAAGUCAUGGAGCAGUUGGCAAUCCUCGAUGAAGAAGUAAAAGUUGCCGGUGAUGUUACUGAAAAUCUAGCGCAGGAAAUUGUGGAUUUCGUGUCGGAUGCUGGGAAUGCAACCAAUGAUUUCAACGUUUCAGCAUCCAACGAGGGUUUAAACGUUUCCGCCCACAUCGAAGAUCUUAACCUUCCUGAACAGAAGUCGUCGGGCGAGGACGUCAGCUUCAACUUAAUCAGACAUUUGACGGACGCCCCUUCAUCUACAUCACCUUUGGAGUCUUCUUUAAUCGACGCGACACAGUUGAUAGAUGAAGAUCUUGAUGUCACUCUCCUCUCGGAAGCCGCUGCAGUAACGGAGACCACAGAAAUGAUGGAGUUAGGAGAAGUUGAACAAAUCCAUGAUGAACCCGUUCAAGAGGUUACAAGCGAAAUUGCAGAUGCCUUGCAUGAUGAAAGAGUUGUGAUGGAGAUGAAAACCGAGAUGAUUUCCAACGAGGUAACCAACAAAGUUGCAGAUGUCUUGUAUGACGAACGGGUUGUGAUGCAGAUGAAAACCGAGAUGAUUCCACCCGAGGAUGAAAUGCGGAAAGGGUGCGUGUACGUCUCCUACAUUGUAUCUCCUGGCGACUUCUGGAUUCAGCUUGCCGAGGAUGAGCAUGCUAUUGGAGAUAUCGAUCGCAAACUGGUAGAACUGGGUGUUGAGAAUUCGCAUCAAUAUUUUCUGACUGGUCCGCCUAUUGUAGGCAAACUGUAUGCUGCGAAACACCCCGAAUAUGGCUAUUGGUAUAGGGCCAAGUUGUUGAAAAUUGACGUAGAUCGAGCCGAAGUAAUAUUCGUCGACUAUGGAGAUAAGCAGAUCCUGCCUGUCGCUUGCAUUCGUCAGCUUUCGCCGAUCCAUCAAUACGUACCUCCAAUGGCGGUCCGGUGCAAACUUUCGGCUGUGCAUUUAGACUGCUGGCCUGAUAAAGCUAUUGAAGUCAUGAAAUCUAUCUGUCAGCCGGAGUAUCUCUGCAAAGCAGUUUUCAAAGCUGAAACUGGCCCAAUUCACGAAGUGGAGUCGCUUUCUUACGGCGACAUUGAUGUCGUUAAUGCAGUUCUCUCCAUCCUGGAAUGUGAUCGUCCAGUUGAUGGAUCCCCUCAAAAGGACAUUCCAACGGAGUUGCAACCCCUCUCGCCUCCCCAGAGUCAAUCGUCCACCGUAUUGCCUCAGUUGGGUGCUAAACUGAUCUUCAUUCGCGUGGAUCCCGAAUCGGAAUCAACCAAAAUCAGUCAAGAUCUCAGCGAGGACACUAACAGUCUUCCAGUUGACUGAGGUACUUUGUGGUGUCGGAAAUUUCAUCCCUUUUUUUUUUGUUUGUUUUUUUCUUUAGCUUGUGUUUAUUUCUUUCGCUUUUGUUUAUUCAUUUUCAUCUUAUUUCACAAACGCGAGUUCUAAGAAUAUUAACUAAGCCUCAACUGUUAGGAGCCAAUUUUGGCCGAAUUCUGUUUCAUAGUCGAGGAUCAUACAAUCUUUUUUUGUUUUUGAAACCUUUGAAUGCAUACUCAUCGUCUUUGUUCUGUUAACCAAGAGUCGACUCGAAUAAAGUUUUCAAAAAAGUUUCGUCUCCCUUCAC